AUACAGUAUUAUUAUCCAUAGUAUAAAUAAAACCUAAACAUUUUAUUAGGGUUUUGUAUCACUUCACACUCCUCUGAUACCAACCAUGGCUUCAACUAUCGAUUUUCGCAAUCUCGAUGAAGGCUUCGGCGGCAAAACCUACAAGCGCAAACGUGAACAAGCUCAAGCAAUCGAGGAUGCAAGGAUGGAAGAAAUCCAUGCCAUGGAGAUGGAGACCGACGAAACCGCCCCUCCUCCAGCGAAGAGAUCCGCGCUUCCAUCGGAAUCAGAUCCCAACAAACCGUCGUUUUCGUCUUUUUCGUUUGGUAAACCUACCUACGACGGAGUGAUUGCUGGGAGAGUCUCCGGCAGGAACUGGAAGCAGGCGCGGCAGAGACGGUCGUCGGCGAUGCAGGUUAGCAAGAAGGGAACGACGUUUGAGGAGAGGGCGAGAGCGAAGAGUAUUAAAACGGCGUUUAAGGAGAGGAUGACGGAGUUGAAAGAAGAGAUAAGGUUGAAUAAGGUUGAGAAGAGGAAGAAGAAAGAAGAGAGGGAGAAGAAGAAGAAAGAGAAUAUUCUUAGAACUGGUACUAAGCUUCAGAAGAUCACGAACCCUAAGACUUUGAAGAGGAUUGCGAAGUCGAAGCAGAGGAAACAGCUUAGGAUGGUUCCUGAUGAUACGUUCAAGUUUUAGUCCAUUAGGUUUACACAGAACUACAUACAUGUUUGAAUCAAGUUGAAUGCUCAUGCUCAUGUGAUUCAAGUUGAAAUAGAAUUAAAUAACAUGAAUUCAGAAUGUGAUAUGUAAUGUACCAGGGCAACGUGAAUUCAGAAUGUGAUAUGUAAUGUACCAGGGCAACAUGAAUUCAGAAUGUGAUAUGUAAUGUACCAGGGCAACGUGAAUUCAGAAUGUGAUAUGUAAUGUACCAGGGCAACAUGAAUUCAGAAUGUGAUAUGUAAUGUACCAGGGCAACUCUUUAGCAGAAUGGGUAUAGAAACUUUACAAAGUAACUAAAUUGUAUUUGUGUAAACAGAUGGGUGGUUUGGUUUUGAUGGGAUGCCCAAUUGAUUUGGACAGAAUUAGUAUGUUGUUCUAAUGAUCAAAUUGAAUGUUAUUUUUCUGAAUUA